AUGCCUUUGGUGACUAAAUGCGAUGGAGCUACUCAGACAAGCACAGAAGAAGCGGAGGACCCGAGCCAAAAACAAGAAGCUACCACCAUAGAACAUCGUGAUAAACCCACGUACAGGUUCCACAGCCGACCAAAAACUGCACCUAAAUCUCCACUAAAAGAACCUCCUACGAGUAACGUAGCGAGGAAACGAAUGCAGAGCACCACCUCCCCUUUGUCUGAAAUGUCAAAAGCAAAAAUACCGAAAUCACAGCCAACGCUCCAGAGCCAACGCCGCCAAAGCGGAGACUACUCUGCAGAGGAAGAAUCCCGCAGAGAGAAAGUAAGGAAAGCGCCAAGCACUGACGUGGCUUACAGGGUGCGGUCGCUGGAGCGAGUUACCCACGUACCCGAAUUUAGCAGUGACAUUCUCAAUAAAUACCCCAUCCCCCCACGCUUCCUGCAUGCUGCUGCUCCUCCUCCCCCCAUUGUGGAGAUGCGCAGAUGGGGCGAGAGGGAUGAAGAAAGAAGACCCCCAGAACACACCGGUACCCUCACAUCCCCAUCAAUAAAGCCUAAAGCUCUUCCACCGCGCGUGGAUGCCCGGACAAAACCUACAAAGUAA